AUGUGUACGUACUUAGACAACUCUGGAUUCGGACCUUUGAUUUCCGGCGACGGAGUUUCAACUUCUCCGCGCUGGUAUUCGACUAAUCAGUUCAUGCUUGAAGUGAUUUUUCACGAGAGAAUGAAGAGAUACAAUUGUUUGACAAGAAAUUCUUCGAUAGCUUCGGCUGUUUACUUACCUUAUUACGCCGGUUUAGAUUUCCGGCGAAAUUUACGGCGGCGUAACGUGGCUGCUAGAGACGCCGCCGGUAAAUAUCUGGUAAGUUGGCUCAAGAAACAACCACAGUGGAAAGGCGAUAAAAAAUAA